CCCCCAACUUUAAAAUUUCAGAAAAUUUACUUGAUAGCAGAUGUUGGCUUGGAGAUCAAGUGGAACAAAUCUUUUUGUCAAGGCAUUAACAUUUCCACAGAGCUCUUCAUUUGUCCAGAAUUAGCUCAGGUUUUGUAAAACUGUUUUUGUUUAAAGAAAUUAUUACACAGAAAAGGCUCCUAAUAGCUAGAAGAAGUAAUGCUUUAUAGCAUAUUAAUCAAAUUUAAGUAUAUUCUGAAUGUCCACAUUGUAUUACCCGUAAUGUAUUGCUAAGUCACCUUGAAUAUUCUAGCAUCUGAUAUUUCCUGUAAUUUCAUUAAAAACAAUGUCAUAAUUAUUAAGUAAACAUUUUGCAUAAAAAUAACUUUAUGUCCAAUACAAUUGAUUCUUAGCCGUAGGCAUAAGACAAAUAUAAUACUGCUUUCUUUGUACACAGAAUGCUUAAGGUUGUCUUAAUGGACCUUAGACCAAAUAUGUUUUUGUUGUUAAAAUACAGUGGGCUUAUUUCUUCUGUCACAUCAGUUUUACAUUAGUUUAACUCCACUGUCUUCAGCGCUUACUCCUGAUUUACUCCAGAUCAAAAUCAAGCCCAGUGUGUAUCAGAGUAAAUAAUGUAAAAGUUAUCUAGAUGGACGCUGGCUGGUUACAGACAUUAUCCUUGUCAUUUGAUUUAGCAGGGAUCCCCAGUGUUGCAACUGAUGAAAUGUGACACAUGGAGUUCUGUUAGGGUGACCAGAUGUCCUGAUUUUAUAGGGACAGUCCUGAUUUUUGGGUCUUUUUCUUAUAUAGGUUCCUAUUACCCCCUAUCCCAUCCUGAUUUUUCAUGUUUGCUGUCUGGUCACCCUGAGUUCUGUGGUGUGGCCAGUGGCCGCAGACAAGUUGCACAAGUCAAAGAUGAGAGCUGAGACCAUAGCCCUCUCCUACUCUACUAUUUUAUCAAGGAGAAGGGUGGCUGCAGUCUGCUCCACUAAAUACAAACUAGGUGGCUUAUGGUAUGUUCUCUUUGUGUCCCUCAUAUGGACAAAAUAUUGGGCACCAUUGAUUUAACACACAUAAGAUCAAAUCCUGAAGUCCAUACUUCAGGCUUAAUUCUACAAACACAGGCAACUUUACUCACAUGAAUAAUACCGUUUACGGCAGCAAGUAAAGUAGUAAAGUCACUCGUUUAAGAAUUUGUAGGAUCAAGUCUUUAGUGUGUACUCUUCUUAUUAGAUAAAACUCGCACUGACUUUAAUAAUCAUUUUGCCUGAGUAAAGACAUCAGGAUGAGUAAAAAAGUUAUUAAAAUAGCUUUUUUUAACCCUGUCUUUGAUUAAUUUUCAUUAAAACUAAAAAACAUAGGGAGAGUUAGUGUUUGUUCAGAGCAUGCAUUGCCUCAUUUCAGGUAGGCAAAUGACUCCAUUUCCUUUUAAACAGUUGUGCUAAGAGAAUUUUGUUUGAAAUACUGGACAUUUUAACAGCUAGAUUUCCUUUUAAUCUUUUCCACUGUUCAAUUCAUGUGAUAUGUUAAUCAUAUUGUGACAUCUAGUUGACUCUGUAGCAACUGUCCCACUUGUAGCAAUCCAUUUACUGUACUUUGUGAAGUUUCAUUAGCUACGGGUAUACAUUGCUUAACAUGGUAUCCCUUUUAUGUUAGAUGUGUUCAGCUGGUUUUAAAUGUGGUGUGUUUCUAACAUAUGCUGAAUAUUCAUUUACAGCUUGUUUAUAGACAGAGGUUUUAUGUAAACCAUUUUUAGUAAAAGGAGAAUGUGAUUUGUCUGUAUGGGGAAGUUAUUAAUGCCCCCUGCUGGCAAUUUGAGAGUGCAGAGUUGGUGUUUCUUCUACUGGCUGGUUCUGCUUUUUCUUUUUACAUGUGAAGGCCAUAGUGGUGGGAGGUCUAACAGAUGGUGGUGGAGAUUUUGACUGAGCUAAGAGUACCAGGAAAAUGAAGAUGGAUUUGAACUAGUAUCCUGGAGCACAGUGAAACAGUUUUAAUACAAGACAUCAGAAAAAAGUGCUGCAAUGUCUAGUGUGCUGAGGGGACAAAGAGAGACUUACGACUGCAUCUUGAAACACUCUCACAUGAUUUGAGGUUACAUUUUUGGAAGAUCACAACUGGAGCUGUGAAGAAAAGAAAGGAAGGAAGGGAAGCAGUGACUGAAUGGUAUUUCUUACAUUAUUUGAAGGAGAGAAGGCCCUGGGGACCUGCAAACAAUCAGGCAGUUUCUGAAAAAUCUUUAUGGUAAAGGAUAAUCCAGGACUUCCUGUAGAAGAACAUAGUGAAUGAUAAUCCAGAGCAGCUGCUGGAGCAUUGUGCUCACAGGGAGAUGAUUCCUCAUGAAGUCAGUGGAUCCCCUUCAGAAAUCAAAUGUGACUUUCCAUUUAUCAGACUGAAAUCAGAACCAGCCAAACAGUGAAGCAAGAACAGUGAAGGGGAGACGGCGAAAGAUGAAAUCCAACCAAGAGAGGAGCAAUGAAUGCCUGCCGCCUAAAAAGCGAGAAAUCCCCACUACCAGCCUGCCGUCCGAGGUGAAGCCAGUGGUCCUGCCGAACGAAAACCACCGCACGGAUAACUUAACAUGGCUCUCCAGUACGUCCAGCAGCCAGAGCAGCAUGAGUGGAAGGCACCGGCCUGGAGGGAGUUCAGUGGAGAUUGGCUUGCAGCAGGGUUUACACAAAGCAUCAUCUACAGGAAUGGACUAUUCCCCACCGAGUGCUCCCAGGUCCGUUCCAAUCUCAACAACGCUUCCCACAGUGUACUCGCCUGCACUCUCACAGUCAGGGACGCCUGUAUCCCCGGUGCAGUACACGCACCUGCAGCACACUUUCCAGUUCGUUGGGCCCCAGUACAGUGGACCAUACGCCGGAUUCAUCCCCUCUCAGUUGAUUUCCCCGACAGCCAAUUCCGCAACUUGUGCGGCAGCCUCUGCCACUGCUGUUGCAACCACUCCAUCCCAGCGAUCCCAGCUGGAGGCUUAUUCCACUUUCCUGGCCAGCAUGAGCAGCUUAAGUCAGCAGGGGCAGAAAGUUGAGCAGCAUCUAGUCAGGACACCUGGAUUGAUUGCAGCAGGGUCUCCUCCACCGACCCAGCAAAACCAGUAUGUCCACAUUUCCAGCUCUCCCCAGAGCACAGUCAGAAAUGUCUCUCCUCCUACCAUCCCAGUCCAUUUGCAUCCCCACCAAACGGCGAUUCCACACACCCUCACCCUUGGCCCCUCCUCCCAAGUGGUGGUGCAGUACUCGGACUCCGGGGGCCACUUUGUUACGAGGGAUUCUACCAAGAAAGCCGAGAGCAGCAGGCUGCAGGCAAUGCAGGCAAAGGAAAUACUGAAUGGAGAGAUUGAGAAAAGCAGGAGGUACGGCCUCUCACCCUCUGGAGAUGUGAGUCUAGUCAAAGCAGGCAAUAAACCAGCUCCUCAUCAUUAUGAGACCAGACAUGUGGUGGUGCACUCGAGUCCUGCUGAGUACAGUGCACGGGAUUCCUCAGGCAUCCGGGCCUCUGUUAUGGUUGUACCGAACAGCAGCACACCUAUUACGGAGAUGGAGGUACAGCAGGCUACCAGCAGAGAUACUCCUCCCUCAGUCCUCAAUGACAAGGGAAACCUGCAUUUAGGAAAGCCAGCCCACAGGUCUUAUGCUUUAUCUCCGCAACAGACUAUGGGCCACGAGGGGGUGAAAGCGGUCGCCACACUGUCCCCCCACACUGUCAUUCAGACCACCCACAGCGCCUCAGAGCAACUCCCUGUCGGGCUGCCUGCGACAGCCUUCUAUGCCGGGACCCAGCCGCCAGUAAUUGGCUAUCUGAGCAGUCAGCAGCAAGCGAUCAGUUACCCUGGAAACCUGCCACAGCACCUGGUGAUCCCUGGCACCCAGCCCCUGCUUAUACCAGUUGGCAAUGCAGACGUUGAAUCAUCAGGAGUAGCACCUGCUAUAGUCACUUCAUCUCCCCAGUUUGCAGCAGUGCCUCAUACGUUUGUCACUACCACCAUUCCUAAGAGUGAGAAUUUCAGUGCUGAGUCUAUAGCAACCCAGCCAGCCUACCAAGCCGCCUUGGUGCAGGCCCAGAUCCACCUCCCGGUGGUGCAGUCUGUAGCUUCUCCAACGGCAGCUCCUCCUACACUGCCUCCUUACUUCAUGAAAGGGUCAAUCAUUCAGUUGGCCAAUGGGGAGCUGAAGAAAGUGGAGGACUUAAAAACAGAGGACUUCAUACAGAGUGCAGAAAUUAGCAAUGACCUAAAAAUAGACUCCAGCACAGUGGAGAGGAUUGAAGACAGCCAUAACCUAGGCAUUGCUGUGAUACAGUUUGCAGUUGGAGAACAUCGAGCACAGGUCAGCGUUGAAGUCUUGGUUGAAUACCCUUUUUUUGUAUUUGGACAAGGCUGGUCAUCCUGCUGCCCUGAGAGAACCAGCCACCUCUUUGAUUUGCCAUGUUCCAAACUCUCCGUUGGGGAUGUCUGCAUAUCGCUUACUCUCAAGAAUCUGAAGAAUGGCUCUAUUAAAAAGGGCCAGCCCAUGGAUUCAGCUAGUAUCUUGCUGAAGCACUCAAAGAAUGACAGUCUAGCUGGAAGUAGACACAGGUAUGUGGAGCAGGAAAAUGGUAUUAAUCAGGGAAGUGCACAGAUGUUAUCUGAGAAUGGUGAACUGAAGUUUCUGGACAAAAUAGGAUUGCCUGCAGCACCUUUGCUCACCAAAACAGAACCCAGCAAGCCCACGGCGACGAGGAAGAGGAGGUGGUCGGCCCCUGAAACACGGAAACUAGAGAAAUCAGAAGAGGAACCACCUUUGACUCUUCCCAAGCCUUCUUUUAUUCCUCAGGAGGUUAAAAUUUGCAUUGAAGGUCGAUCUAACGUAGGCAAGUAAAGGCUGUUUGGGGAAAGGAAAUUAGGCUAUCCCUUGUCAUUUUUAUCCAGAUUACUGUACUGUAGACUAAAUAAUCCAGUAUUUACAUGUUAUCAUCUUAUUUUAGGUUUAUGUUAUAACCU